AUGCCGAUUUUUAUUAAUAUUUACAAUAUCCAUAGCAAGAAACAAUUUCGUCGGGUCAUCGUAAAGAUUACAAAUUCACUAUUCUAUCCGCAAGCAAAAUUAUCAGUAUAUAAUGGGAACACCGAACGUGUCGAACGUGCGUGCUUUGAGAUUACUCUAUCGGAACUAUCAAAUCUGAGGAUCUCACUUAAGUCAAAAUAUGAAGCGGAAAUACAUUUAUUUGAGUUCAUUGAUGCAGAUUCUCGUAAAGAGGUAAAUAAUACUUGUUUUAUUCGUUUUACUCAAAUUAAACUAAUCAAUGAAUGUAUACAUAAUUAUCUCGCAAAAAUCUUCAUUAAAAUUUCAUCAAAAGAAAACAAUCCACAAGAAAAUGUUAUAUUUUGA